AUGACCUCACUGCUGUCGAAGCUGUCGCUACCGCUUCUGCAGCUACUAUUUCUAUUGCUUUCCUUCUCAACUACAGGAAGGGCUGAAGACAAUACAACAAUAAAUGUCCUCUCCCUGAUGUAUAGCCCUGAUGUUCAGGAGGUGGAGGUGGAUUCACUUAACGCUGGUUUUGACGCAUCCCUGACAGCUCGCGGUUGGAAAACAAACUCCAAGGCAAGGGUUUCUUUCAUUCGACCACCAUCAUACGAUACUCCCGUCGCUGAGUUCUUCGAGUCCGUGGUUAAGGAAAGCGAAGGCAAGCUGAUGAUUGUAUUUGGUCCCUUUGGCGGACCCAAUACUAUGUGGGUGAAGGGUGAGCUGAGUAAACACGGUGCAGUUAGUUUCGGCCCACUCGCUUUCUCCACUGAAGUGCGUGAGUGGGAUCCCCAUCUUUACUUCAUAAGUGUGGAGCCGAAUGCUGAGUUACUUGCACUUUUCCGUUAUGCCGUUGUUUUCCUUGGUCUCCCGCGUGUGGGAAUAACGUACUUGAAGGGAACACCAUCCGGUGAGGCAUUGUAUGAAUUCGCUCUGGAGAUAUCAUCCAUGAUGGGCCAUGAACUCUGUGGUGCAUUUGCUGCAGCUGGUGGAGUUGGAGCAGAUGAAGAUGCCCUGGCAGCUGAAUGGAACCAGUUUGUUGAGACACGUCCACAGGCUGUGCUCCUGUUUGCCCCCGUGCGCAACCCCGCCACCGAAUGGUUCAUAGGGAGGAUUGUGAAGGAUGAGCGGACGAGACAGAUGUAUGUUUUGGCUCCGUCGACAUCACAAGGCCCUCUAAUAAGAACUUGGCGUGACGCUUUGUAUGCUUCCAAUGUGUCUCUGAACGAUGGUCAAUUAAUCAUCACGGGCACAAUUCCUCCUUCGAAUUUACUAACCCUUGCGUCUGUCCGGCGGUUUCGGGAGGAGAUGGAUAACCAUUUAAAAUCCAAUAGUGAAUGGGGUGGCUUUUCGAAACCCCCACACUUUAGUACCGACGAGGCUAUUUCUGAUCUGAUGAUGACUGGAUGGCUCACUGGUGAGAUCCUUUCGCAGGCACUACACAGUACUGAUGUGUUGACGGACCGCACGGCCUUUAUGGACUCUCUGUACCGCCAGCGUCGUUACGUUGUAGAUGACCUUGUCGUGGGUGACUAUGGUAAUGAGUGCGGCGAGUUUGCGUCCAUGCAGGGUGCUAUGUGCAACUGCAAUCAGGGUGGAAGCGCUGUUUACAUGAAGGAAGUCGUGGAUGGGUUUCGUAUAGAGCCGCUUCAGAGAGGAUUCCUAGCCUGGGGUGCAUCACAGUGUUCGAGUAGGGACGUGAAGAUCAGUAUUCCAUUGAGUGGUUUUGUCAUGCACUUGAGUGAUUAUUUCUUUUCUUAUCGUUCCGCCAAGAGAUGGUACGAAGGUGUGUCUUCAGCUCCUGUCAUUCGUGAUGAUUUCGGAGAAGAUAUUUUACACUUUGAUGUGCUUCCACUAAGCACGCAGAUGGGGGUCAUAGCUCUAGAGGCUUUGCUCAAUAUGAGGGAGAUAGUCAUUAUCUAUGGUGCUGUUGAUGAAGAUAUUCUGGAACUUCCAGGCCCUGUAUUCGUCGAUCCACUGCUGCUUUAUCCUCGGAUCAAUCGUUUCAAUAGAAAUGUGUUACUGCUCUCGCCUACGGUUCGGCAACAAUUGUACGUGCUUGCUAUGCACCUCUCAAAUGCCUCUACCGGUGCCGUGUCUGCCGCUAUUCGAAGUAAAAGGGCGGAAGUAAUUGGUGAUGUACUCAACAAAUCGCUAAUGACAUUUGAUGUGGCACUUAAGUCAAUGUUGUUGCUUAAAGAGAGUGACACUCUGGUGGACCAUCUACCAAGCAGUGGGGAUGUUGUGGCCAUCGGCCUCACACCUCCAGAUGCCCAUGCGAUUGCACAGUAUCUCCAAUCUCGAAAUGAUAGACGCGUGUAUGUUCUCUUCUCCGAAGUCGCUCAAUUGUAUGAUGAGUUUGUGGAAGCAUUUAAUGCGACCCCUGCGGCAGUUGUAAGCGCCUCACGACUUGUGUUCGCGACGAAUCUACCACACUGGGCCGAUAAAAAUACGGAAUCGGAUACAGUUGCAAUGUUUCAUGCCUACAACCCCCGUGAAUCUACAUGGACACCGCUGAGGUUGCGGGGCUUUGCCACUGCGCGUCUGCUUCGAAGCAUCGUUCCACGCAUGAAGAGGAUAAGCCCCUCGUUGUUAGUUGAUUUUUUUUACACAGAAUCAAACAUUCGUGUGGAUGACAUGCACUACGGACCGUACAGUGAUGUUGAGUGUGUUAAGGGACGUGUAACGGCGGCUAACCGUUGCGAGACUAAUUUUGGGGCGGGAAACAUUUCUGUGUGGUCGAUGUCUCGGGUACUAGACCCCCGUGUGCCUGUACUGAGUCGGGGUGUGACGCCAUCUUUGGAGUAUGCUGUAAUGGAUGAGUCUUCCCUUAGUCCUUCACAACUUGCCGGUAUAAUUGUUGGUUCUGUUUUCUUUGUUGCACUUGCUAUUGCAUUGUGUGUGCUUCUGUGCUUGUUUGUGCGCGUCCGUGGACAACGGGAUACUGUGCCCAAGUCGUCAAGUGACCUAGUUACAUUUAUCAACGACAGUGAAGUGUGUGUUCCAAUGUUUGAGAUGCUACGGGGUGGUGAAUGUGGCGUUGUAACCAUUGUUUGUACGGACAUCGAAAGCAGCACUGCGCAGUGGUCUACUCACCCGGAACUGAUGCCCGAUGCCGUGUUGGCUCAUCACACUAUGAUCCGUUCACUCAUCAUGCAGUAUGGUUGUUACGAGGUGAAGACCGUUGGGGACUCCUUUAUGAUUGCCUGCCGCAGUACAUCCACCGCUGUGGAACUCGCGAGUGACAUUCAGCGAUCAUUCCUGCAACACUGUUGGGGGACAACUGUUUUCGAUGAUUUCUACCGCAAUUCCGAGAUGCAGAAAGCUGAGGAUGAUGAUCACUAUAUUCCACCGAGUGCACGUCUGGAUCCCGAGGUUUACCGCCAGUUGUGGAAUGGGCUGCGUGUAAGAAUCGGAAUCCACACCGGGUUAUGUGAUAUCCGACAUGAUGAAGUAACAAAAGGAUACGACUACUACGGACGCACACCAAACAUGGCUGCGCGCACAGAAAGUGUGACAAAUGGUGGGCAAGUGCUGCUGACGUAUGCGGCGUACAUGUCACUGAGCACUGAGGAGCGUGACCAACUUGAUGCGACCUCGCUUGGACCUGUUGCGUUGCGUGGUGUUCCUGAACCUAUUGUAAUGUACCAAUUGAAUGCCGUUCCCGGCCGUGCAUUCACUGGGCUCCGCUUGGAUCGUGGGUUUUAUUUUGAUGAAGAUGUCGAGAACUUCAGCUUUUCCUCGAACAGUUUAAGUUUUGACAGCCUGAAGCUGAGUGGAUCGGCACAAACUAUUUCAGAUGCCCUGCAUUCCUUACUCAGUACCUUCAAACCUCCACAGCGAGAGCGACUAUUGGCACUGUAUUGCGAGCGUUGGAAUGUUCCCCUGCCAAUGGGUGGUUCAUACGCUUGGGACGAUGCGUAUUGUGAGGAAGUUAUUCGCCGUAUUGCAGUGAAGGUGGGGCCGUUUGUUGGUCGUUAUGCUUCCUGA